AUGACUGAUUGGGUAAUUCAACUUUCAUGUCAUCACGUUUUACAUGAAAUUGAAAAUUCUUUGACCUUUAACGUUGUUAGGAAAAUUGAAAACAAUGACGAGACAUUGAAAUUCUUUAAGUCAUUUUUCUCUCAAGAAGAAUCACAAAAAAAUAAUUGUGAAUUAUUAAAAGCUUUUGUGUCCAUAAAGGUGAAAGAAGACAUGAAAAAGAAAGAGAAAAAUGCUCGUAAAUAUGUUUGUCACAAUGCUUUGAUUACUUCUGAAAUGACAAACUUCCGAAUAGAUGAAGACAGCGAAAAGAAAUCUCAGAUGUUCUUUUCACCUCCCAACUCACUUUCCCCUACAUCACCUUUAAUAAACGAAAUCGAAACAAAAGAUUUAAUUUGUGUUGAAAUCAGAGGAAUUUUAUUACCUAGUGAAGAUAAUGAAGAUAAAAAUUUGUGA